AUGGAUCACGGGAAGAACAAAAUGGAGCUUGAAGAGAGUGAUACAGAUGACGCCYAGUACAACGCYUCUYACGAAGAGGAGGAAGACGAAUCAGAAGACGAGUCUGAAAGUGGGUCUGAUAGUGAUGAGGGUACAGAGGAAGAAGAUGGUGACGAGAGUGCAGAGGAAGAAGAUGGUGACGAAGGUACAAAGAUUGGUGACAAGGAAGAGAACGAGGAGAUGGAAAAUGAAGGUGCAAGAGAGGCUGAUGACUUCGACAAUGUGGAGGUUGGUUCAUCAUCUUCUCAACCACCAGAGACAAUGACAAUCACUCAACCAACCCAAAUGACAAUCACUCAACCAACCCAAUCAAGCCAAUGA